UGUGAAACUAAUUUGUCUUAUGUUCUUCUCUGCAGCGUGGGAAAAAAGAAAACCUGUUUACAGCAUUCAUUCGUGGUUCUCCAAACAGCAUUUGACCUUGCUAGAAAUUUGUCAUGCAGCCACCACCACAGACAGUUCCAGCAGGGGCUGGUGGACCGCCUCCUGCAGGAAUUUCUCGGAAUACGUAUUGGCGUAACAGCCCACUUAGUAGACGGGCAAAUGCACCAGUCUCAGGAGCAACUGCCCCGGUGCAACCUGUGACAGAUCCUUUUGCGUUUGGGAGGCAAACUCCACAAGGUUCCCUGUUAGGUAAUCCAUCCAAAGGCAAUCCACUGGUUCCGCCAGGUCCUACUCCAUCAGUGUUUCCUCGUCCAGCUGCUGUGCAUUCUUUUCCAUCAUAUGCAGGGGAGAAUUCUCAUGGACUGCCUACAUCUUUACGAACAUCCGCAUCGCAACCAGGAACAAACUCAAACACAUUUUCUAAUGUGGUGAUUCCUUCAUCACCAGCACGUAUUAUAAAUAGCACGGCAGAAAUGCAUCCAAAUGCAGAACAUGGACGUUAUAAUUCUUCAGCACAGUCGCUUUCUAAUACAGGAGCAACACCUGAAAAUUCUAUCAGUGGACAUGUGGCAAACAGGCCCCUAAGCAGGCAAGAUAUUAAUAGGGAUCCAAGCAACACUAAUUCAGUACCUACAGCAGCGCCAUUCCUCCCACCACCUCUUCAGCAAACUCCACCUCAGUGGAGAUCCAGUCGAGAGAACCUGCAGCCUCAAGUUCACAACUAUUGGCCCUAUGUUGAGCCACCGUCUCAGAACGCAGUUUAUAGUGUUGCUCACUCUUCUGCUGUUACAUCCCAUCUUCCACCCCAGGCAAAUCUGCAUCAGAGUCCUGUACAUCAACAUAUUCCACAAAGUACCAUGCAAGCACCUUCGCCCAUUGGUCAUGAAAAGAAUGAAAUAAGCAGCUUCCCAGUUGCCAACCACCAUGUGAAUAGUUUUCAGCCUGAAAAUAUGUUUAGACAGAAUAUAGGGAUGACUAAUCCUUGGCCAGGUCCACCUUACCAAGAACCAUUUUACCCACAACCUCUUUUACCAGAUUCUGGUUUUGUGAAUCCCAUCACUCAGGAAAACAACCCCAAAAAUCAAUCUCAACAUUUAUCUGAAACACCAAGUGGACAGACAUCCACCCAUGCAGAUUCAGGAACUAUCUCCAUGUUUUUCAAAGGGGAUGAGGCUGAAAAUGAAGAAAUACUUUCAUCAGAAACACAUGAUCUGUCUGGUAAAGGUAACUUGGAUGCUUGUCAGCUCAGUUCAGGACAUACGUAUCAUCAGCCACUGCAUCCUCAGCAGGCUGCAGCUAAUGUUCUGUCUCAAGCACAGGUUAACAUAGGCUCAGCUAAUGAGACAGUGCAGAAGGGACCAGAUGCCCCAUAUUCUUCUAAAACUAUAAGCAACCAACCUGACACACAGGUCAGUAAAAACUCUAUGUAUAUUAGUGAUGACAAAGCAAAUGUCAGCAAAGCUCAUGGGAAUGUUGGGUCACAUUAUGAAAAUGUUGAGAACCUGGAAUGCAUUCAGAAUCAAGAAGUUCUGCCAGGUGAACCACAGAAUAUUAAUCGCUCGUCCCCAAGUCUAGGUUCUGAUCUGUACAGAUAUGGGCCACUGCCAGGGCCGUUGCUUCCAAAGAACACCAAUGUGAGCCAUACAGGAGGAGGACCAAAUCUAGAGGCACCCGACUCAUUACCUCAUCCUGUCCGAUCUGAUAGUGUAUCCUCAAACUACAGCAACAUAAGCCACAGGAGUGUUUCUAGUUCAACAAGACCCCAAGAGCUUGUUGGCACAUUUAUUCAGCAAGAAAGUGGGAAGCCUGAUGAGUCCUCUACCAGUUUCUUUAAGCAAAUUGACUCCUCUCCUUUGGGAGGAGAUUCAAGUGAGCCACAUGUCAGCAAGAAUUACCACAGUAAUCUGUCCCAGCCUCCAACUCCAAGUCCCCCCAAACCUACAGGAAUAUUUCAGGCAAGUGCAAAUAGUUCUUUUGAACCAGUCCGGUCCCAUGGGGUUGGGGUAAAACCUGCAGAGGUUGACCAAGCAAAGAUGGUGGUUGAACUAAGAGAGAAUCAGUCAAACCAAAAGAAUAUUAAGAUAAAUACGGCUGUGCCAGCUGCCUCACCUGGUAAUCUUGAACAGCCACCAGAUAAUCUGGAAACUAUUUUCAUGCCCCAAGUACAUCCAUUGCCUCUUACAGUCACUGGGGAACCUGGAAACAUGUUGCAGCCUGUUAGUGGACCUGUUAUGGAAAACAUACAAUUGAUACCUGAGAAAAGACCCUCCACAAGAGCACAGGGAGCAACUAAAAAAUGCGAGAGUCCAGCAACAACUCUCUGGGCUCAAAAUGAGUUACCUAACUUUGGGGGCAAUGUUCUUCUAGCCCCGGCUGCUCCUGCAGUGUAUGUACCUGCCAAACAGACAGUGGAAAUUAUUCAACCACCUGAAGAAGGGCUGUCCAGUCAGCAGCCAACUAAACCAGAGUCUAUUCUUGUGCAACCAUCCCAGCAUGGAAAUGUAUCUUCUGAAAACCUUGAGAAUCCUCCCAAAAUCGGAGAAGAGGAGACACUUCAGUCCCAGGCAAGUUCCGGUUAUGCAAGUUUGUUGUCUUCUCCACCCACGGAGUCUCUGCAAAAUCAGCCUAUCUUGAUUGCCCAACCCAAUCAGAGUUAUAAUUUGGCUCAGCCAAUUAAUUUUUCUAUUUCUUUGUGUAAUCAGGUAGCCAGGAAUGAAAAUAAUCUUUCACUGAAAGAUCCUGGAGUUGAAGAUAAAUCUGUAACAGGACUACAAACUCCACAUGCUGGCGGAAUCCUCUCUGGGGAAAGUAUACCAUUGUCUAUGAUGCAGGUUGGAUCUUUAGUUAAUACACCUCAAUCUUCUAAUCCGUCACAUUCUAAUUUAUUACAAAGCCCUGUUCAUUCUUCUGAAAUCACCUCAAAUCCGUCCACAAACUUGCUGAUGCAACCUCCAUCUCAGACUCCACUUAAUUUGGCUCCAGAAGCUCAAAGAAAUGCUAGUUCAGAAGGUUGCCAGCCUGAAUUUACCAGUAUGCCUGGCUCUAACUCAACUGUUCCUCCUGGGACAAACAUCCCCAGUGGAAAUGCAAAUGUGGUGUUAGUCCCACCAGUGAAUACCAUGGUGCCUAAUAAUAAUUCUACAAAUGAUUCAUACAGUCAUGUAGAAGCUUCUGGAGCACUUGAUUUUACAGUAACACGGACACUGGAGAAGAGCAAAACCAGUAAUUCUGUACAGAUGCAUAAUCCAUUACUUUCUUGUGGUCCGGUAUUUCCUCAGCAACCAGUCAAUCAUGCCAGCUCCAUGGGGCCAGAUGCACAUGACAAACAACAUUUCUAUCAACAGGUAACAAAAGAUGUGCAGCUUCAGGCUCCUUCAGACAGAGCCCCACAGGGAGCAUUGCUUUCUCAGCAACAAAAGCAGACUGCUCAAACACCACAAAUAGUACCUAGUGGGCAGUCCUCGAUUCCUUCAAAUUAUCAGAUGGCUUCAGAAAUUAAACCUACUCAAGCACCACAGCGACAAGAGAAUCAGGUGCCAAUUAAUAGGUAUUAUCCAGCGGGUCCGCCGGAGGGUAGUUCAACACAGCCACCCACAAGCUGCAGUCAAAUAAGCCCUGAUAAACAAUCAUUUUCUGCUCAGUCACUGAGUGCUCCAACUUCAUCAGCAUCUGUUACCAGUAGUCAGCCAGCAAUGCCAACCAUGCAGCAAGAGCAGAAUCCACCACCACCUCAGACGCCUCAGGAUGCCUUUGGGCCAACACAAAACCCUUACUACUAUUACAGGCAUCCUUAUGAUGCUUAUCAGGCUCCAUAUCCACAGCCGUAUCCUCCCGUGGAUCCUAGAACAGCAGCUCAACUUUAUUACCAGGAGGACGUCUAUGGACAAUACGGCCCCCGCUACCCACCCUAUGAUAGAAGCAAUCCUGCCUAUGUGGAGCCUGGUGGUUAUCGAUAUGGUGAGCCUGAGCGUCCUAGUUCCAGAGCUAGUCAGUGCUCUGACAGACCUCCUUCUAGACAGGGUUAUACCGAAGAUUAUUAUAAUUCAAAAAGUGGUUGGAAUGAUUACUAUGCAGACUACUAUGCAAACGCAUAUAAUUAUGGAGACCCAAGUCGCUGGGCAUCAGCAUAUCCAUCAGCAUAUGACUCCAGAUAUAGAGAUCCCAGAAGUUAUGACCAGAGAUACUGGUAUGAUGCUGAACACAAUCCAUAUCAAAAGAGAGAGGCAUAUCCAUAUAACAGCAGACCUGACCAAUAUGAAGAUCACUGGCGAUAUGAUCCUCGCUUUGCUGGGAGCUUUGAUGAUGAAGCUGAGCCUCACAAAGACCCUUACGGUGAUGAAUUUGACAGACGAAGUGUCCACAGUGAACAUUCUGCCCAUAGCCUCCGUAGUUCCCACAGUGUUCAUAGCCGUCAGAGCAGCUUCAGUUCUCGCUCUCAGCAAAGCCAGCUUUAUAGAAGCAACCAUGAUCUGACAGCUAAUGCAUAUGAAACCACCACCCAGCCAGUCUCGCUUCACACAGAUUAUCCAUACGGAGGAUACCCUGCAAACUUUGAUGGUCAACAGCCUUUUACAGAUUAUGGCUAUCCAGCUGAAACUGAAUGGUCAUCAGUAGAACAAGUCCCAUCAAGGCCCUUGACACCUGAGAAAUUUUUAGUGCCUCAUGUCUGUGCAAGGUUUGGUCCUGGGGGUCAUCUGACAAAAGUGCUACCAAACCUGCCUUCAGAAGGACAGCCAGCUUUGGUUGAGAUACACAGUAUGGAGACUAUGUUGCAACAUAUGCCAGAACAAGAAGAGAUGAGAGCCUUUCCGGGCCCUCUGGCUAAAGAUGAAACCCAUAAAGUGGAUGUCAUUAAUUUUGCACAAAACAGAGCCACACAGUGCUUUCAGAAUGAAAAUCUAAUUGACAAAGAGUCUGCAAGUCUGAUUUGGGAUUUUAUUGUAUUGUUGUGCAGACAGAAUGGGACUGUAGUGGGCACAGACAUUGCAGAGCUUUUGCUACGAGAUCACAAAACAGUUUGGCUUCCUGGGAAAUCUCCCAAUGAAGCAAACUUGAUUGACUUCACUAAUGAAGCUUUGGAGCAAGUGGAAGAGGAGUCGGUCGAAGCUCAACUCUCAUUUCUCACCGAUAGUCUUAUAACCACAAUUGACAAUCUUGAAAAAGAGAUCGAGAGAUUCAGGGAGCUUCUGCUCUACGGUCGUAAGAAGGAUGCUUUGGAGUCUGCUAUGAAGCAUGGAUUAUGGGGUCAUGCUCUGUUGCUUGCCAGUAAAAUGGAUAGCAGAACACAUGCGAGAGUCAUGACCAGAUUUGCCAACAGUCUUCCAAUUAAUGAUCCUCUGCAAACUGUUUACCAGCUCAUGUCUGGAAGAAUGCCAGCAGCAUCCACAUGCUGUGGGGAUGAGAAAUGGGGAGACUGGAGGCCUCAUCUUGCUAUGGUACUAUCCAACUUGACCAAUAACAUGGAUGUGGAAUCGAGGACUAUUACCACCAUGGGAGAUACUCUUGCUUCAAAAGGCCUUUUAGAUGCUGCUCAUUUUUGCUACCUGAUGGCCCAGGUCGGGUUUGGUGUUUAUACAAAGAAAACAACAAAGCUUGUCCUACUUGGAUCAAAUCACAGCCUGCCAUUUCUAAAGUUUGCCACCAAUGAAGCCAUUCAAAGAACAGAAGCGUAUGAAUAUGCACAGUCACUGGGAACCCAGCCCUGCUGUUUACCCAAUUUCCAGGUUUUCAAAUUCAUCUAUGCUUGCCGACUAGCUGAGAUGGGACUCGCCGCACAAGCAUUUCAUUACUGUGAAGUGAUUUCCAAAACAGUUCUUAAAAAUCCCUACUAUUAUUCACCUGUGCUUAUCAGCCAACUUAUGCAGAUAUCAUCUCAGUUGCUCCUGUUCGACCCACAGAUUAAAGAGAAACCAGAGCAGGAAUUAUUUAUUGAACCAUCAUGGUUAGUACGACUUCGGCAGUUGGAUGGACAGAUCAAGGAUGGUACGAUAGCUUACAACGCAGAUAGAUCCACCCCUCAGCAGUAUGCCUGCAGCACACCAAGCUCUGAAUUAGACCAUGUCAGUCAAUAUGAUGGAACAGGAUCCCGACAGGAAGUGGGCCCUGCUACUGAAAAUCCAUUGUUGGCAUCCUUGUUACCUAAUAUGGUGCAGCACAUGCCAGGUGUGCAGCUAAUGCCUUCAGCACCUCAGACUAUCCUUGAAGGCUCAGCAGUUGUGACUCCUCCUGCCCAGCAAGAAACAGUGGGUGGUGUUCCUUUCUAUUCUUCAGCCCCUCCCUUUGUCGGGCCAGGGUCUGGCUUUGCACCACCAGGCUUUCCAAACCAAUAUGGAGCUGAACAGUCUCUGCUGUACCUGGGAACUACAGUGCCACCUGGAGGACCACCUCCUCAAGCAGCAGAAACACGGCAGGAAGAGCAGUUCAACCAGGAAACAGCAAUUCAGAGAAUUCACCAGGAAUCUCCAGUUCAACAGACUUUCCCUGAACAAAAAGAGGAGGAUUUCUAUGGCAAAAUGGCAAAUAUGGCACCAGGACGAAGAUCCAGAUCCACCUCUCAGUCUUCAGCACACAUGGGCUAUGGGCGAAGAUCUCGGACCACCUCAGAAUCCUCCACCCAUUCGAUAGGGCGAGAAAGAUGUAACUCUACAGCAAAGCAGCCCUCUCCUCCUCCUCCUCCAUCCAUACCUGGUGGUGCAAAUUGGUUUCGAUGGCUGAUGGGAAAAGGAAAGAAUGAAGCUCACCUUCCAGAUGAUAAGAACAAAUCAAUUGUUUGGGAUGAAAAGAAACAGCGCUGGGUUGAUUUAGAUGAGCCGGAAGAGGAGAGCAAGCCACCGCCGCCACCUCCAACAGGUUUUCCUAAAACGCCUCAGACUGCUCCACCUGGGCCUGGGGGUCCACCCAGCGUGAACAUGUUCUCCAGAAGAGCAGGUAACUGUGCAGUAGGGGAUGGCAUUCCUCAGUCUAAAGGGGAAAGCUUAAGAUUAUUAUCCCUGUUGUGCAGAACUCAAAACAGGGAACAAAAUGGAGCAAAAUCCAGUGGUGCUGUUCCUGCCCCAUUAGACCUGUUUGCCCCCUUGGCACCAAUGCCUAUUCCUGCAAACUUGUUUGUUCCAAACUCAGUUCCUGAGGAGCAGCAACCUCUGGAAGGGAGCGGGGCAGGCGAGCAGGUGACAUCUGCAAAUCAAGUCAGCGCUGAUGCAACUGCAGAUCCACAGUAUUUAAACUCUGCAAUGCUUCCCCCUGGUUCUGAACUCCCUGGUUCCAAUCCAGAUGGCUCCCAAUCAGGAGAGCUUUCGCGCUCUAGUUCAAUGAGUUCAUUAUCACGUGAAGUAAGCCAGCAUUUUAAUCAGCCUCUCCGUAGUGUGCCACCUUCUGGGGGACCUCCGGCAGGAACUGUUCAGUUCUACAACCCUUCUCAAUUUGCACAAUCUCCUGCAACUACUGGAAGUUCAAGACUGGGAAGAAUUGGACAGAGGAAAUAUCCAACAUUGAAAUAGAAUAUAAUGACAUUUGGAUCACUUUUACAUAGUUCUGGACAUUCAAAGAACUACUCAGAUUUUAUGGCACAUAGUAGUAUCAUUACUAUCUUGAAAUUAACAUGAGAGUAAUUUAAUGCUGGCUGAUCCUUUGUCAUGGGUUUCCCAACUUGUAGCUCAUGUACAUGAAUCAUUACCAAACUAGAAAAAAUAUAUUUCCCCUUAAAACCUGAUUUAGAAAUAUAUAAUCUCCUAUUGGGUUUGGAGAAGAAUGAACGGAAAAGGAUAUGGUUGCUAUCUGUUGUGAAAACCAACUGUAAACUGCAACCAAAGGGGGGAGUUUGGUUGAUUUUAAACCUACCAGUGUGACUUGAAGAUACAAAUUAGGUUUCAGGAUCAUUUCUGAAGGACGCUUCCUUCCCAAUGUAGGACAUACAUGUCCACCUUUUAACAGAAUACUCUAUGGCCUUAACAGGACCAUGCACAGCUGUUAUGCAUAUAAAACAAUACUGGCAUUUGCCAACAUAUGAAGGUUUAAGAUGCUCAUCUAGGAAAUGCCUCACAUGCUUUUUUUUUUAGGGGAGGGGGGCCACAGCUCAUCCAAAUAAAUAAAUUGACCUAUAGUGAAUUAAAACUGUGACUGUAAUAAAAUCUAAAAUUAGUCUGAUUUGGAUUUUAUCUAGUAUGUAUGUAGUUUGUGUUUUAGACUCCUUGUAAAACAAAUUGUAUAGUCUGAAAGAAGCUCUUUGUACAAUAGUCAAUGCUGUACUAUUUUCUGAUGAGUGUUAAGUGCAAUAUGGUUACUUGCUUUCUCAAACUACUGGCACUAUGUAAUUAAGGUGAUAACAGCUUGAAAGUUGUUUGAAAAUAAUGUUCCUAUUGUGUGCCAGAAUCUAUUCCUAAUACUCUGCUCUUGAAUUUCCAUUAAUACAGUAACUAAGGUCUUAAAUAGCUAACAACCGAAUCUCAUACUCAACUAUCUGGGUUAGACCUCUACUGAUGGACUUGAAAAGCUUUAGGUUUAAUAUAGAAAAUUCUGAACACAAUUGAGGGGUAACGUUCACAUGCAUUGGAAAGUCUAAAUGUCCCGCAAGGAGAGAGAAUAAACUUUCAAAUAUUUAUUAAAUCAUUAGAUCAUUUUCUUUAGGAUUUGAUGAGGAAGCUGAUUGAUGUUACUUGCAUUUCUGCCCAUGAGUUGAAAUAAUGUACAUGUGGAAUUGUUGGCCCCCCCUUUUUUUUUCUUUUGCUGAGUAAUGCCACCUUUUUGAGAUCUGGACAGCCUUAAGUAUAUUUCCAAAGGGAUUAUAUAUGAUUUGAAAUAAAAUGUUGUGAUCUGGAGGAAUCUCACUAGCCUUCUGAUAAUGGUCCAUACUCUAAAGCCUGGACUUUGGUCAGCAGCAAUCAGUGUGGCUUUCUUUUGCAACCGAAAGCCUGUUCAGAUACUUGGCUUCAUCUACUUCAGCCGUGCGACUGAUUUUUCUUUCAGUGGAGACUGCCAAAUACCUUUUAAUUCAAGAAGGCUUCCUCUGAGCUGGGAGCUGCUAUCUUUCCGAAGUGUUGGAUUUGACACUGUAAAUUCUUAAAUAAAAUAUUUUGCGCUCUGGAGCACUUUCA